CGAUGAGGAUGGAAUUAAUAAGCAGAUAUUUAGUCUUGAAUUGACGAAGGAAGGACACAUCUGAUUUAAUUGAAUCCACAAUUUUAACAAUCGUAAUUACUCUCUAGUCGUCAAUCGUUUGAGCUGAAUUAAAUUUUUAUUAAAUAGUAAAUUUCUAAUAGCAGGUGCAAAAUAUAAAGUAGUUAUUAUUUAAUAAAAGCGGAUACAAUGGACUGCGUUCCUGAUUUGGUAGUUCAGAAAAUUGCUGACGUAAGGGGUGGAUUGGGUGGUACAAUUCAACAUUUAGAUGACAAAUAUAUCCUUCGUUUUCUCAUAGCUAGAGACUACGAUACCUCAAAAGCGGAAGAAAUGCUUAAAAAUCAUGUCCAAUGGAUGGCAGCUACUGGAUAUGCUCAAGCACACACUUGGAUAAUUGAACCCGUUGUGAAAGAUGCGUUUAAAUUCUGCAUUGGCGGAGAAGAUAAAGAAGGACGACUUGUUACAUAUUUGCCAAUGGGAAAAUGGGCUGCAAGACAAAUGCUGACCGCUGGAGAGGCAAAGGAAGUGGACCGUGCGCUUUACCGCAUGAGCUCAUGUGCUUAUGCUGCUCUCUCACAAGCAAAAAUUCGGGACAAAUAUAUCCCAAUUUUGGACCUAGCUGAUUUAUCCUACUACACAGUGGCUCACUAUGAAACUGCACAGCUAAUUGUUCGCAUGUUCCGCGAACAGGAACAAAACUUUCCGGAAACAUUGGAAGCUAUAUUUUUGAUUAAUUCCCCAUGGGUUUUCAACAUUAUAUUUCCCCUCGUAAAACCAAUCCUGGGACGAAGUACACUCCAAAGGCUGGAAGUGUAUGGAAGUUCACCGGAAAAAUGGAUUCCUGCAUUGCUAAAUCGGAUCGAGGUUGGGAAAUUGCCAUCAAUGUUGCUUGAGAAUUAUGCAGAUGAAGUGAAGGCAUACUGCGGCGUAUAAAUAAUAAGUACUCUAAAAUUAUUGUUGGGGGUCACCUUAUUUGCAUACGUCUCACUCCGACCAUUUUCGGUUUUACGGAAUUUCCAUGAUGAAUAAACUAUGAAGAAUUGAGAGGGCCAAUAAAGUGACAUGAGGAACAACUCUUAUUUAUGCAUGUUUAAUUCUUUGUAGCAAUUUAGUAGACAUUUACAUAUGUACAUACUUGGUAGAUACAUCAAAUAGUAGUCUAAGUAAAAAUUUUGAGAAAAUAUUAAGCACUGUGAUUUAAUAAAAUUUGAUUUACUGAA